AUAGCCACAAUGGCAACGUCCUCUGAAGAAGUGUUACUGAUUGUAAAGAAGGUACGUCAGAAGAAGCAGGAUGGAGCUCUCUACCUUAUGGCUGAAAGGAUAGCAUGGGCACCUGAAGGCAAAGACCGAUUCACAGUCAGCCAUAUGUAUGCAGACAUAAAAUGUCAGAAAAUCAGUCCAGAAGGUAAAGCUAAAAUUCAGCUUCAGCUAGUAUUGCAUGCAGGGGACACAACCAACUUUCACUUCUCCAAUGAAAGCACAGCAGUAAAGGAGCGAGAUGCGGUAAAGGAUCUUCUUCAACAACUGUUGCCCAAGUUCAAAAGAAAAGCUAAUAAAGAACUUGAGGAGAAGAACAGAAUGCUGCAAGAAGAUCCUGUUUUGUUUCAGCUCUAUAAAGACCUUGUUGUGAGCCAAGUAAUCAGUGCUGAAGAAUUCUGGGCCAACCGUUUAAGCCUGAAUGCAGGGGAUAAUUCUGCAGCACCUAGUAAGCAGGAUGUGGGCAUCUCUGCAGCAUUUCUGGCUGAUGUACGGCCUCAAACAGAUGGCUGCAAUGGUCUGAGGUAUAAUUUGACUUCGGAUAUCAUUGAAUCCAUAUUUCGAACAUAUCCUGCAGUAAAAAUGAAAUAUGCGGAAAAUGUUCCACAUAACAUGACCGAGAGGGAAUUCUGGACACGAUUUUUUCAGUCUCAUUAUUUCCAUCGGGACAGGCUCAAUACAGGCUCAAAAGACCUCUUUGCAGAAUGUGCCAAACUGGAUGAAAAAGGGUUAAAAACAAUGGUGUCUCAAGGAGUAAAAAACCCUCUGAUAGAUUUAACAGCUUUGGAAGAUAAAACAUUGGAUGAAGGCUAUGGUGUUGCUUCUGUGGCCUCUACAUCAAAUGCCUCAAAAUCCGCUAGAGAAAGUAGCAAUGCUGCCAUUAUAAAACGCUUUAAUCAUCAUAGUGCCAUGGUCCUUGCAGCUGGCCUCAGGAAACAAGAAGCACAAAAUGACCAUUACAGUGAGACCAGCAGUACGGAUGGAAACUCCAGGGAUUCAGAUUUCUUUCAACCACCAAUGAAAAAGGUGAAACUGCAGGAGUCCAUUGAAUAUGAAGAUUUAGCAAAGAAUAAUAGCAUUAAAACUAUUGCACUAAACUUAAAGAAGUCUGAUAGGUAUUAUCAUGGUCCAACUCCAAUUCAAUCACAGCAAUAUGCAACCAGUCAGGAUAUAAUUAAUUCUUUUCAUAGUAUUAGGCAAGAAAUGGAAGCAUAUGUACCCAAACUAACUCAGGUUCUUUCAAGUGGUGAUGCUACUAGCACUAUUGCGGUCCUGUCACCUGGAGGAGCACUUAUGCAGGGUGGAACACAGCAAGCCAUAAACCAGAUGGUGCCAAAUGAUGUUCAGUCUGAACUAAAACACUUGUACGUGGCAGUAGGGGAACUGCUACGACACUUCUGGUCCUGCUUUCCUGUUAACACGCCAUUCCUAGAAGAAAAGGUUGUGAAAAUGAGGAGCAACUUGGAAAGAUUUCAGGUUACAAAGCUCUGCCCAUUCCAAGAAAAGAUUCGGAGACAGUAUUUAAGCACAAAUUUGAUAAGUCAUAUAGAAGAGAUGCUGCAGACGGCCUACAAUAAGUUCCAUACGUGGCAGUCCCGGCGCAUGCUGAAGAAGACGUGAAAAUGCAUGCUGUACAGGUUUGAGAGCAAAAUCUGCAAUAGGUAUAGGAGUACAACCUAGCAUAUGUGCAGAUCUUAUAGUUGUUGCGGGAAGACCUGCAAGCUGUGGACUUCUGGAAACGAUGCUAACUGAACUUGCACAUUUUUGAAAAAGAACUGAGAUUAAACUUGAAAACUAGGGAGAAAAACAAGGAAGAACCAAAACAGAAGAGCUGAGGCGCAAAAAUAUUUAAAAGACACUGUUUACUGCAGUUACUCAGGAACUGCUUUUGAUUUGCCUAAAGAGCUGCUUUCAGAAAUAAAAAAUUUAAAGAGGGUGUAUUAAUAAAA